UUCAAAACCUACCCGCCAUCUUUCUUAUGUUUUAACGAAGUGGACGAAGAAGAGGACGUCGUUUGUUUACUUCGUAUUUAACGCGGUUUUUUAAGAUAUAUAUUAGGCCGGUUGACAACGAACAGGUGGUUUUGACAUAAACAAGCUACAAGUUACAGUAUGGAUUCUCGCUUUGCUCAUCUUUACAAGCGAGACAGCAGUGUCUCGAUGAUAAGAGUGAAAAUGUCAAGGCGACGCUCCCAAUCACAAAAAGAGAACAGGGAAAAGAUGCAAAACCUCCGCAGGCCCCUGGACCAACUUAAAGAGCUGGAGCUUUCUUUGGAUGCCUCCCAUUUUGAGAAGUCAGUUCUUCCUUCCCAAGAUACGGGGUGCAAAGAUAAAGUAGAUAAAAAUAACAGUGCUGUAGAAGAGAGGAGAAAGAUGCUGGCACGUUUUAAAGAGAACAAAGCCUUGCAGAAGGAGAAAGAAAGGCGAGAAAAGGAAAAGAAAGGUACCUUUAAAGUCGGUCUCUACCGCCCACAGCCUCUGGGCUAUUUGCCCUUGAAUCCUGUUAUACCAAUGGCAAAAAAGACCACAGAAUCUAUGCAAUCCACCAGAGUGACCCGUUCUAUGAAACAGCAUCUACAGCCAAAGCAGCCAGCUGAAAAACAGCCUGCACCUAAAAAGGCUGAGCCACCCAUCACCAGAGCUAAAAAGUCUUCAGUGCCAGCAAUGGCCAAAGGCAGAAUUUCUACAGUUGACCCCAUUGUCAGAUGUCCAACUACACGAUCAGCUGCUAAAACUGUGACGGCAGCCCUAACAGCCAACUCUGUGGCUAAACCCGCUGCAGAUCUCAGACCUCCCAAAGCAAAAGCUGCUAGCAGGCAGCCUGCAGCACCCUCAUCUGGUAGAGGAAAAGCUAUGCAGGGACAUACUGACACUUUGGCAGCUGAAAAGAAAGAAAACAAGGUUGCUGAUGAGGUGGUUGCUGCAGUAAAUCCCCCUGGUAAUAAAGAGGAAAAGAUGACUGAGGACACUAAUGUGACUCCAGUUUCAUUUGCACCCCAAGGAUUUGUGUUCCAGGCCCCUUCUGGUCUGAGAACAUUCCAGCCUACACCCCUUUCUCCUCGCUCUGCCGAUGCCUUCCUCUCACCUAGCUUCUCAGUUGAACCCCAGAUGGAGCCUACAAACCCAAUUUCUCCAACAUCUGACUCUUCCUCUGGUCCUCCUCUUCCCUCACCUCCACCAUGUAUAUCCAAACCAUGUCCUGCGUCUGUUUCUACAUCUGCUCCUUCUCCUGAAUUUAAUCCCACCACUUCUGCCCUACCUACUGCUUCAUCUGUCACUCCUUCCUCUCUUUCUUGCCCACCUCCUGCCUCUCCUUCCCCAGCUCUUGUGUCUUCUAUUCUUCCAUCUUCGUCUUCACCACCUGCUGCUGCCUCACCUUCCUCAGCAACAUCAGAACCUCAGCACGAUGUGCCCUAUUUCAGGGCAGUAAUGGCUAGCGAGACAGAAAGGUUGACUGGGUUGUCUGAAUUUUGGGAAUUACGGUUUGAAGAUUCCUCAAUCCCGGAAGAGAUGCAAGACCGAAUGCGGACAGCUGUUGGCCAGGCCAGACUGCUAAUAAAGGAACGCUUUGGCCAGUUUAGUGGCCUGGUUGAUGAUUGUGAUUUUGGUAGAGGGGAGAAGAUCACGACCUGCAUGGACUUGCAGGGGUUCUGGGACAUGGUGUACUUUCAGGUGGAAGAUGUUGAUAAGAAGUUUAAUGCAUUAAAAGAAGCUGAAGCUAGGGGCUGGCAAGAGGAGAUCAAGCCUGUCACCAGGCAGAAGAAAGUGGUCAAGCAAAAGCCCCCUGCUGCAGGAGGUAAGCUGGGAGCAGGUGCUGGAGCCAGUGCUGCUGCAAAGAGUCGGCUGGCUGCAGUGAAAGCUGCCAUGAAGGCAAAGCAGGCUGCAGCUAAAACUGCUGAGGCUUCAGACAAAGUUCAAGAUGACACGACUCCUGCUUCAAAUGCUCCGGCUAACACUUUGCCAGUCCAAACGGUGGUUUUUCAUGGAGGCUUCUUUCAGGUGGAGAGUCCAAUCAAAGUAGUUGAUGCUGUAAGAAGAUCGUCUCGGUUGAAUGCGGCUACCUUUACCCAGUGUUCCCCACAUGGGUAUAAAUUCAGCACACCGGGGAAACUGAAGAGGUCUGCUGUAGUCACACAUUCAUCUCCUCUUCCUUGCAUUUUCACUCCAUCUAAAAGUGGACUUACUGCAUCCCCUUCUUCCUCUCCUGCUGCAAAAGCACACACCACUGCAACUCCUGUCCGUACUCCUAAACAGCAUGCUGAUCCCCUUCCUUCCUCCUCCAAACCCAUUCAUAUCAGCCCUGGGCAGGACGGGUCUGCCCCCUAUCCAUCACCUAAGGAAGUCUCAGACACACAACUUAGCCAUCCUGAUCAUCAUACAAGUAUCAGCAACAUCCAGUCAGACCUCAUGAUCACACCAGAAGAUGACCAUACGUACCAGACAGCAGACAUAAAGCCACACAAUUCUCCUUGCCAUACAGGAGAAGAACUGCCACUUCAACUUCCUGCACAUCCAGUCAACAGUACAGAGCCAGAGAGAAGUGUUCAACAGACUUCCGCACUGUCCCAGGAGCAAACUGAAGGGACUGUGAUUGCUGAAGUGGACAUGAUCCACUCAGACAGUCAAGCCCAUGCAAUGAGUUUCACCCACUCACCUUCAGCAUGCAAGACCACUCCACAAGCAGAGCCUAUGGAGAGCUGUGUCUCAGUCCCUUGCUCCCCCUCUGUGAUGUCCACCACACCACAGCAAGUCCAGGUCUCUCCAGCACCAUCAGGCAAAACUGAUAUUUGUGUUAAUGAAAGAUCUAUCAGUGCAGACUGUAAAGUGACUGAAAAUCAAGACCGUGAGACUAUUCCUGAUCUGGACUUUGAGCGAUAUCUGCAACCCACAGCCCGAUGCAGCUUAUCUCCUGUGCAGAGUAUGGCAGUGGAAAGGUUCUCACUUGGACUAGAAGAUGCUGAAAUGGAGAGCCCUCAGGCCCACCAUUCAGAGCCUGUUCAGGAUGCACAGAUGACUCCUAGAGCUUUCCCCAGAAUGGCACCACUGCUGGUCACUCCCUGGACUGAAGAGAUGAUUGCCGAUCAGUUGCUGUUCACCCCCGAGCAGAGGGAAAGAGUGAGACAAUCGGUCUGUGAGCGUGACCUCAUGAUGUUUACACCACCUGAAGAUAUUUAAUUUGAGCAGAGAUGUAGACAGACCUCAUUACCUUUAUUUUCUUUUAUACAGUACUAUUUGGUGUUAAAUAUACAUAGAUAAGCAAAUUUAUAUAUACCUUUACUCAUUUGUAAAAUUUUUAUCAAUUAAAACAAGCUUUUUCGGAA